CCGGAGAUACAGAUGACCCACCAAGAAUUACUCAAAACCCUGUUAUCAACGGGAAUGUAGCCAUGAGUGAGGGGCACAACAACACAGAAGAAGAUAUGAAGGAUGCAAGGUCAUGGUCUUGUCAUGCACAAGCAGCGCUGAAGAUAAUAAAUUACAGAGAUGAGGAGAAGUCAUUCAGUCGUUGUAUUAGUCAUUUAUUCUUCCAUAAAGAAAAUGAUUGGGGAUUUUCCAAUUUUAUGGCCUGGAGUGAAGUGACUGAUCCUGAGAAAGGAUUUAUAGAUGAGGACAAAGUGACUUUUGAAGUCUUUGUGCAGGCGGAUGCUCCCCAUGGAGUUGCGUGGGAUUCAAAGAAGCACACGGGCUAUGUCGGUCUGAAGAAUCAGGGAGCGACUUGUUACAUGAACAGCCUGCUGCAGACUUUAUUUUUCACAAAUCAACUACGAAAGGCCGUUUACAUGAUGCCAACAGAGGGUGAUGACUCAUCCAAAAGUGUCCCUUUAGCAUUGCAGAGAGUGUUCUAUCAACUACAGCACAGUGAUAAGCCCGUAGGGACAAAGAAGCUAACAAAAUCAUUCGGGUGGGAAACUUUAGAUAGCUUCAUGCAACAUGAUGUUCAAGAGCUAUGCCGAGUGCUGCUUGAUAAUGUGGAAAAUAAGAUGAAAGGCACAUGUGUAGAAGGCACCAUACCUAAAUUAUUCAGAGGCAAAAUGGUGUCCUAUAUCCAGUGUAAAGAGGUGGACUAUCGAUCUGAUAGAAGAGAAGAUUAUUAUGAUAUCCAGCUGAGCAUAAAAGGAAAGAAAAACAUAUUUGAAUCAUUCGUGGAUUAUGUGGCAGUAGAACAACUAGACGGUGACAACAAAUAUGACGCCGGGGAGCAUGGCUUGCAGGAAGCAGAGAAAGGUGUGAAAUUCCUAACAUUGCCACCAGUGUUACAUCUACAGCUGAUGAGAUUUAUGUAUGACCCUCAAAUGGACCAAAAUAUCAAGAUCAAUGAUAGGUUUGAGUUUCCCGAACAUUUACCUCUUGAUGAGUUUUUGCAAAAAACAGAUCCUAAGGACCCUGCAAAUUAUAUUCUUCAUGCCGUCCUUGUUCAUAGUGGAGAUAAUCAUGGUGGACAUUAUGUGGUUUAUCUAAACCCCAAAGGGGAUGGCAAAUGGUGUAAAUUUGACGACGAUGUGGUGUCCAGGUGUACAAAAGAAGAAGCAAUUGAGCAAAACUAUGGCGGCCACGAUGACGACCUCUCUGUCUGGCACUGCACGAAUGCGUACAUGUUGGUUUAUAUCAGGGAGUCCAAGCUGAGUGAGGUGUUGCAAGCUGUCACCGACCAUGAUAUUCCUCAGCAGCUGGUGGAACGAUUACAAGAAGAGAAAAGGAUCGAGGCCCAGAAGCGGAAGGAGCAGCAGGAAGCCCAUCUGUACAUGCAAGUGCAGAUAGUCGCAGAGGACCAGUUUUGUGGCCACCAAGGCAAUGAUAUGUACGAUGAAGAAAAAGUGAAGUACACUGUGUUCAAAGUAUUGAAAGACUCUUCGCUUGCUGAAUUUGUCCAGAACCUCUCUCAGACAGUGGGAUUUCCACAAGAUCAGAUUCGAUUAUGGCCAAUACAAUCCAGGAGCAAUGGUACCAAACGACCAGCAAUGUUAGAUAAUGAGGCAAAUAGCAAUAAAACAAUGAUUGAACUCAGCGAUAAUGAAAACCCUUGGACCAUAUUCCUGGAAACAGUUGAUCCGGAACUGGCUGCUACUGGAGCAAUAUUACCCAAGUUUGAUAUAGAUCGUGAUGUGAUGUUAUUUUUGAAGAUGUAUGAUCCCAAAACACAGAGCUUGAAUUACUGUGGGCACAUCUAUACACCCAUAUCCUGUAAAAUCCGUGACUUGCUCCCGGUUAUGUGUGACAGAGCAGGAUUUGCCCAAGACACUAGCCUUAUCCUCUAUGAGGAAGUUAAACCGAAUUUAACGGAGAGAAUUCAGGACUAUGAUGUGUCCCUUGAUAAAGCCCUCAAUGAACUAAUGGAUAGUGAUAUUAUAGUAUUUCAGAAGGAUGACCCUGAAAAUGAUAACAGUGAAUUACCCACUGCAAAGGAGUAUUUCAGAGACCUCUACCACCGUGUUGAUGUCAUUUUCUGUGAUAAGACAAUCCCUAAUGAUCCUGGAUUUGUGGUCACGUUAUCAAAUAAAAUGAAUUAUUUUCAGGUCGCAAAGACAGUUGCACAGAGGCUCAACACGGACCCAAUGUUGCUCCAGUUUUUCAAGUCUCAAGGUUAUAGGGAUGGCCCAGGUAAUCCUCUUAGACAUAACUAUGAAGGUACUUUAAGACUUCUACAAUUCUUCAAGCCUAGACAACCUAAGAAACUUUACUAUCAGCAGCUUAAGAUGAAAAUCACAGACUUUGAAAACAGGCGAAGUUUUAAGUGUAUAUGGUUAAACAGCCAAUUUAGGGAAGAGGAAAUAACACUAUAUCCAGACAAGCACGGGUGUGUCCGGGACCUGUUAGAAGAAUGUAAAAAGGCCGUAGAGCUUGGGGAGAAGACAUCAGGGAAACUUAGGCUGCUAGAAAUCGUAAGCUACAAAAUUAUUGGUGUGCACCAAGAAGAUGAACUACUAGAAUGUUUAUCGCCUGUGACGAGUAGAACAUUUCGAAUAGAGGAAAUACCUUUGGACCAGGUAGACAUUGAUAAGGAAAAUGAGAUGCUGAUCACAGUGGCACAUUUCCACAAAAAAGUGUUUGGGACGUUCGGCAUCCCGUUUUUGCUGAGGAUACACCAGGGCGAGCAUUUCAGAGAAGUCAUGAAGCGCAUUCAGAGUCUGCUAGACAUCCAGGAGAAGGAGUUUGAAAAGUUUAAAUUUGCCAUUGUGAUGAUGGGCCGGCACCAGUACAUAAAUGAAGAUGAGUACGAAGUGAACUUGAAAGACUUUGAACCUCAGCCUGGUAACAUGUCUCACCUUCGGCCAUGGCUAGGGCUCGACCACUUCAACAAAGCCCCAAAGAGAAGUCACUACACCUACCUUGAAAAGGCCAUUAAAAUCCAUAACUGACUUCCUCAUCCCGUG